AGAACCCCCUCCGCGGGGCCACGCGACCGGAAGUCCCGCCCCCGCCCCACCCGAACCGGGUGUUCGAAUCCCGGGGCCGCCCCACGCCCCCGGGAGACGGCGCCACGGGUCCCGCCCCGCGGCUGAUGGCGGCGCCGGUCCGCCUGGGCCGGAAGCGCCCGCUGCCGGUGUGCCCCAACCCGCUGUUCGUCCGCUGGCUGACCGAGUGGCGGGACGAGGCCGCCAGCAAGGGGCAUCGCACGCGCUUCGUGUUUCAGAGGGCGCUGCGCUCCCUGCGGCGGUACCCGCUGCCCCUGCGCAGCGGCAAAGAGGCCAAGAUCCUGCAGCACUUCGGAGACGGGCUCUGCCGCAUGCUGGACCAGCGGCUGCAGCAGCACCGGGCGUCGGGCGGUGACCGGGCCUCCGCGUCACCAUCCGGAGCCCCGAGCCCCACCGGGGAAGGGCCAGCUGCAGAGGCGGAAACGCAGACAAUGAGCGAGGCCACAGCCGGAGGCCGCGGCAGCUACUGGCCAGCCCGGCACUCGAGGGCUCGGGCUCUGCUGCUCUUGCUCUUCCAGGAGCAUCUGAACCCGGAUGGCCACGGCUUCCUCACCAAGGAGGAGCUGCUGCAGAAGUGUGCCCAGACAGCGCCACGGGCGGCCCCUGGAAAUGCCCGAGGCUGGCCCGCCCUCCGGACCCUGCUCAGCAGAAACCUCAUUCUCAGGACCCACCAACCGGCCAGGUACUCACUGACCCCGGAGGGCCUGGCGCUGGCCCAGAAGCUGGCCGCGGCGGAGGGCCAGGGCUCACUGGAUGUGGGCCUGGGGUCCGGGGAAGCCCCCCGGGAGGACCCCCAAGACCCACGAGAGGCCUCGGCUGAAUGCGGAGCCAGCGAAGGGAGUGGGCAGCCAGCCGCGCUGGAGCUGAAGCCUGGCGAGUACCGGGUGCUCCUGUGUGUGGACAUCGGGGAGGCCAAAGGUGCAGGGCACCGGGCCGAGCUGCUCCGGGAGCUGCAGCGGCUGCGCGUGGCGCACUCAGUGCGCAGACUCCACGUCGGGGACUUCGUGUGGGUGGCCCAGGAGACCCAGCCCCAGGACCCUGCAAACCCCCGGGAGCUGGUCCUGGACCACGUGGUGGAGCGCAAGCGCACAGAUGACCUAUGUAGCAGCAUCAUCGACGGCCGCUUCCGGGAGCAGAAGUUCCGGCUGAAGCGCUGCGGCCUGGGGCGUCGGGUGUACCUGGUGGAGGCCUUUGGCUCCAUGCACAACCUCAGCCUUCCCGAGAGCACGCUGCUGCAGGCCAUCACCAACACCCAGGUCAUCGAUGGCUUCUUCGUGAAGCGCACGGCGGACAUCAAGGAGACCGCGGCCUAUCUCGCCCUCCUGACCCGCGGCCUGCAGAGGCUGCAUGAGGGCCACACUCUCCGCAGCCGCCCCUGGGGCACCUCAGGGGACCCGGAACCCGGGGCCGGCCCCCCGCCAAACCCCCUCUGCUCCCUCCUCACCUUCAGUGACUUCAACGCUGGAGCCAUGAAGAACAAGGCCCAGUCAGUGCGGGAGGUGUUCGCUCGGCAGCUGAUGCAGAUUCGGGGAGUGAGUGGGGAGAAGGCGGCCGCACUGGUGGAUCGCUAUAGCACCCCUGCCAGCCUCCUGGCCGCCUACGACGCCUGCGCCACCCCCAAGGAACAGGAGAUGUUACUGAGCACCAUCAAGUGUGGCCGGCUGCAGAGGAACCUGGGCCCUGUGCUCAGCAGGACCUUGGCACAGCUGUACUGCAGCACAGGUGCCCUGACCUGAGCCGAGCCAUGCGGCACCCCUGCCCCGCCACCCCAACCCAGCCGGCCUCUCCCUUCAGCUCCCGCGGGCCUGCUGUGUUACAGAGGAACCCCAGUAUCCAGGCCUGGGGGGGCCCUGCAGCUUGGAAGCUA